AUGGCUAAGCAUAUGCGCGAAAUAGCUGAGUAUUGUAUUAUUGAUGCUCUUAGAAUGAAAGUGAGCAAUCUUUUAAGUCCUAAUGCAUGGCGGAAAGGAAUUUUAACCAGUACAAUUUCAGAGAAAACAAAGACAGAGUCAUUUCUGGGUACCUAUGUCUUUCCACCAAUAAAGGGGCUCGAAAAUAAACAUCCUGUAACUAAUGCAGAACAAAAUGCUCUUAAGGUAUUCAUGAACACAUUUUAUGGUAAGGCUAGAGAUAGCAAGCCUUCUUUCUUUUUAUGUGAACUUGCUAGAGGUGUCACUUCGGCUGGACAGAGAAAUAUCAAACUCGUUGCAGAUUUCGUUAAGAGAAAGGAAUUUGGGAUAAAAUAUGUGAAUACUGAUUCCUUGUAUUUAAUCUGUCCAGAAGAAUACUUCCAGAAGUGUGAUGAGGCUUAUGAUAGUGGUAAUAGGAUCUCAAAAGAAGUAUAUUGGUCUCGAAUAGUGGAAAUCUCUAUAGUGGAAAUGGAAAAACUUCACGUUGAUGUUAAUUUCUUUCUCAAAGAAAAUAAUGGAUCAUCUUAUCUUAAAAUUUCCAGAAAAAAAUGUAUUAUGAAAGAAUCUACGAGGAUAAACAAUACACACACCUUGAAACAGGUUGUAGAGGACGUGUUCAAAGAAACUAUAAGGGAUAUUUCACAGAUAAAUCUUAAUGGAGUGGUUAAAACCGCUGUGUGGAAGCCAAAUAAAAAUAACAAAAGUGGUUUAACUCCUGACCCUUAUCUUUAUCAAAUCCCAGAACCAGGUGAAUGGUUUGAAUAUGUUAUAGUUGAGAAUAAUUCAUCAAAAAGACCAUCAUCUGAAAUUGUGUUGGGGACCUUAAAAAAGUUAAAAGAUAGUAAUAAAGCAGGCAAGAAAUUUCCAUCAUGUAAGCCGAAUUUUUUGCAUAGGAUGCAACUUGAUGGAUAUAACAAAGAGCUGCGACUAGAUGAACAGAGAAUACGCGAUCAGAAGAAGCGAGAUAUUUGUAAGGAGCAAGAUAUAUGUCUUAUCGAAGUAUCGUAUAAAUGUGAUCCAUUUCCUUUCAUUAAACAUAUACUAAUCGAGAAAGGAUUUUUGGAUGAAUUUAGCUGA